GGGCAUGGCCACUAACAGCAGCUAUUAAAGCCAUAGGCGUCUUUGCACUAGAGCUGCAAACUCCUGGGUCCACAGUCCUCUCUUAUCCUUCGCCCUCCUCCACCUUUAUGAGAGCCAUCAUGUCGUCUGCUCGGCCCGCCACUGUGCUGGGUGCCAUGGAAAUGGGGGGUCGCAUGGAUCAGACCUCCAGCGCAGCGUCGGUGCAAGCUUUCCUGAAGCGCGGCCACGCCGAGAUCGACACAGCCUUUGUGUAUACGGAAGGCCGGUCUGAGACAAUUCUGGGCGGUCUGGGGCUCGGGUUGGGCCGCAGUGGCUGCAAAGUGAAAAUUGCAACCAAGGCUUGUCCCAUGUUUGGGAAGACAUUGAAGCCUGAUGAUGUCCGGUUCCAGCUGGAGACAUCACUGAAGCGGCUGCAGUGUCCCCGGGUGGACCUCUUCUACCUACACAUGCCAGACCACAACACCCCUAUAGAGGAGACGCUGCAGGUCUGCCACCAGCUGCAUCAGGAGGGCAAGUUUGUGGAGCUUGGCCUGUCCAACUAUGCCUCCUGGGAAGUGGCUGAGAUCUGUACCCUCUGCAAGAAAAAUGGCUGGAUCGUGCCAACUGAAGUAGACCAGGGCAGAGCUCUGCCUGAGGACAGAAGUCACCUCAGGGAUGUAGGGUUUGAGUCACCCUCUAGUGACCCCUGGGAAACUGACCCCAUGUCACUGUCGUUCCCCCGCCCCCAUCCAUUUAGGUACUGGAAGGAGGAACACUUCAAGGGCAUCGCUCUGGUGGAGAAGGCUCUGAAAUCCAGCUAUGGCACCAGCACCCCCAGUAUGACCUCGGCCGCCCUGCGGUGGAUGUACCAUCACUCACAGCUCAAGGGUGCCCAUGGGGAUGCGGUCAUUCUGGGCAUGUCCAGUCUGGAGCAAUUGGAGCAGAACUUGGCCUGCGUUGAAGAAGGGCCCCUGGAGCCGGCUGUCGUGGAGGCCUUUGACCAAGCCUGGGACCUGAUAGCCCAUGAUUGUCCCAACUACUUCCGCUAAGCUGGUUCUGACAUGAGAAGGUGUAGUCGUCACUGCCUGUCAGGCUGUGUUCUAGUCUGGCUAGUCUGGGCUGUGAGCCGAGUCAGCUGCUCUUUCCCUCCUCAUCCAGAUCUCUGAUGGCUUUGUUUGUUUUGUUUCUUUCUAUUGCCUUGCUCUACACUCAGUUGUCUUCAGUGUGAGAGCUGCCUGAUUCUCCCCACUACCUCCUGUUGAAUAAAACCUGCCAUGGCUGUAGCUCAGGCUGCAGCAGACCUGGUGGCCUUAUUCUUUGAAA